CGUGGUGCGGCCGCCGCGGGGGACCCUUGUUGGGGAAGACUCGGAUUCGGGUAAAGGUGGCAGUAAUGCUAACGCUGGCAAGCAAGCUGAAGCGGGAUGACGGUCUCAAAGGGUCCCGGACGUCAGCCACCACGUCUGACUCUACUCGGAGGGUCUCUGUGAGAGACAAGUUGCUUGUCAAAGAGGUUGCAGACCUUGAAGCUAAUUUACCUUGUACUUGUAAAGUGCAUUUUCCUGAUCCAAACAAGCUUCAUUGCUUUCAGCUAACUGUAAUCCCAGGAUUUUUUUGUUUUGUUUUGUGUUUUUUGAUAGAUGAGGGUUACUACCAGGGUGGAAAAUUUCAGUUUGAAACUGAAGUUCCUGACGCAUACAACAUGGUGCCUCCCAAAGUGAAAUGCUUGACCAGGAUCUGGCACCCCAACAUCACGGAGACAGGGGAAAUAUGUCUAAGUUUACUGAGAGAACAUUCGAUAGAUGGCACUGGCUGGGCUCCCACGAGAACCUUAAAGGAUGUUGUUUGGGGAUUAAAUUCUUUAUUUACUGACCUUUUGAAUUUUGAUGAUCCACUGAAUAUUGAAGCUGCAGAACAUCAUUUGCGGGACAAGGAGGACUUCCGGAAUAAGGUGGACGACUACAUCAAGCGUUAUGCCAGAUGAUAAGAGGAGAUGAUUGCAGGCCCAUGGACUGUGUGUCACAGUUUGUCUCUAAUGUGAAGCAGCACGAGGUAGCCCUCCUCCCUGUCCUCACGCUCCCUCAAUCCCAGUCCUGUGACCUUGUCCUGAAGAAGACCAUCCUCCUGACCGCCCACCGUAGGCGGGGAAUGCAGCAUAAAUACAGCAGGAAACGUGUUUGGGCCUCUAAAGAGUUGUCUGCCUCCCUUAACAUGUUCACUUUUCUGAAACUGUGCUGUCUAGGCUGUCGGUGAGACUCCUGGGAAGUAGUAAUGGGCUCAGCAUUGAGGCUAGCACUUGCUUCCCCUUCCCUAGCAGAUGGGUAUCCAGUGUCACUUGUAGAUUGACAAUAAGAAACCAUGGCACACUGUGGUUGGAUGCACAUUCUCUUAGCUUCUCCCGCAAAUGCUGGCCCUGCCCAGAUGUGAGGCUUCCCAGAGCACAGUCAUUCACUGUAGAUCUUACUGAAAUGCGUAUUUUAUUUAAUGUAAGUAUAUUUUGGAACAGAUUUGUAAUUUGUACAAUUUAAUGCUUUAAUUAUUUUUUCCUAUUCUCACUUAGUUUGUAUUUUCAUUGUAUAGAGCAGACAGAUGUUGGGUCAAGCAACUAUUGAAGAGAGAUACAAAGUAAUGACGAAAGACAUCACUCAUUCUGUCCAAAUGAGCUGGAACCUGGCUCCUAAAUACCAGCUCUUGCUUUCCAAUCCAGAUGUGGCAAGGACAUCUCAGAGCCCUUUGAAGCCACAUCUGGAUGAUAAAAAUAAAAAUAAAAAGGCAGGGAGCCCUUUCUCACACAUUGCCCAGAGGAAGCAGGCUGGGAGGGGCAUGGUGGUCCUGAGUGGUCACUUGAGUGUCAGCCAGGCCCUGCUUGUCAGAGCCAGGCUUUUACUGUCCCAAGACAGGACAAAUGCUCGGGAGGGAAUCAGCCCAGACAGUGUCUGGACUCUUGGGACUGUACUGUGGCCGUCUCUGAAUUGCUGUGGUUCUGGGGCCUAUCUGGAGUGAGCCUCUGAGGCCUUGGAGGAUCAUGGAUCAUCAGCAGCAUGUGCCACACGUGGACAGCUUAAUGCGCUCCAGAGGAGGAGCCCUGAAGAGAGGCAGGUGGCUUCAUUCCAGCGUUCAGACAUCUGAACCAGUAGAAUCAAAUGCAAAAUAAAUAUUUGUCUGGUUUCAUUUGCUGUCUAACACUCAGGUUUAACUGCUAGCUUUCUCCUUUGGAGUUGCCCCUGUCUGCCAUCUAUGGGGUUUACUUGACUUUUCUUAAUUACAGAAUGUCUGAUUGUUUGGUUAACCUCGGGUGGAGAUCCAGCAGGUCAGCGUCAGGAUUUUACCCUUAGACUUGAGAGUGGACCCUGGCUAACAUGCCACACAUCUGGGUGCAGAGGAGGAAGGGUAGGCAUUGUGGGUAGGGAUGCUCUCAUGAGAGUGCUUCUGUGGGAGAACUGGUGCCAGUGCUCAUUGUUUCUUGGAGACAUGCCCAGGGUAGGAAGGGACCACAAUGAAAGCCAUGUCAGUUGUUAGUUCUGACUUCACAGUAUUUGCACAAUAGGAAAACACUUUGCUUAUUGUCAGACUUUUUCUUUAAACUGACAUUUCAGAUAGUUGAGUCAUUUCAUCCUGUCCAGUAGAAAUCCUUCAGAGAUAUUUUGCCCUCCCCCACCUCUAAAGAAUAUACCCAGUCUCAGCUCAUGGCAGUGAGUAGUUCGUGCUGUGCUGGGUGCUUGGCCAAUGAGUUCCCUGGAACCUGCUGGUGACUGUGACACUGGCUUUCAGAUUUGUUGGCAUCUUGAGGUUCCUCCCCACUUUCAGGCCAAAGCCACAUUUCUGGCCCUGGUCCACAUGCCCCAACCAACUAGUAAUAGUGAAUUUCUGGUCUCCCAUGGAUGGGGAAUCCUAGAGGCUCACCCUAGACGUGGAUUAGAGUAGCCAGGCCCUUGGGGACAUGGAGCUUUUGGACAUCCAGAUCUUUGUUUCCUAACUCCUGUCUGUUCCUGGCUGUGUUCUGCAGGGUCUCUGUAACUCUACUUCUUACAGUUUGAUGUGCAAGCUGCAUGUUUUUCAAGCACUCUUAGAAGGAAUGACUUGUGAGUGGGCCUGUCCUGGGAGGCACAUGUCACUCCUUAGGUCUCCCCUACACACUGCACCAGCAGGAGCACUCCUCAGAGCAGAAACUCCCUUCCUUCCCAAGAGGUUUAAAAAUAAAUCACGAGUUCCUAUGCACAUGGGACAUUUAUCAAAUAAUAAAAUCAAGCAAUUAUUUUUCAUGUAAAAAUUCCAAGAAGUGUUAGGCCGCCAAUUACGGUCUCUAAGCAGAGACUUUCUCAGCUGCGUACCAUCUAUCCAUUCCAAAGGUGUUCUCAUCUUUAUCCAUUUAAAAAUGUUCCAUCUUGGAAACUUAGGUUUGUUUAUAAUUUCACUACUCUUCAUAAAAUGUGCUAAGAAAAAUGCUAAAAUAUAGUCUUAGUAAAAUGUUUACCAUUCUUUUGUCAAAGAACUUGAAAAAUGAGAAAACCUGUGAAUCUGCCCUUCCUAUUGCCCUGCCCUGAGGAAAAAAAAUACCUUGACAGCUUAGGGAGGCCAGCUCGGAGGAGUCAUACUGCCCAUCGCUGUUGCCUUCUUGUGCUGGGUCAUGGGUUACAGAAUUGAUUUAUUGAGUGGGAAAAACAUUUAUUAAAAAAAAAAAAAAAAAAAAAA